UAUUCAGACUAAGCAGCGUAGAGCGACGCAGUAAUGCGCGUGCGUUUAUUGGUAUAUAUGAUAUAGUUUGUAGUUUAUCAUAGCUUUUUUUUCUUGACUAAUAAUUGGUUUUUCACACUGAGCAAUGAAAACACAUUCAAUUCCUGCUCCUUGUUUCUUCUGAAUACCGCAGGGAGCAAAAGCUAUCAAAAUAGCCACAAUGCAAAGUUAAGCGUCUGUAACCAUACUGUUACAGAAAUGAUGUCAGAUUCGUGCAUGGAUUCUGCUGGAGCCAUAAAGGCAAUAGACAAACAGUCUGUGCAUCAGAUCUGCUCUGGACAGGUGGUGCUGAGUCUGGCCACAGCUGUGAAGGAGCUGGUGGAGAACAGCAUUGAUGCUGGUGCCACUAAUGUUGAUGUCAAGCUAAAAGACAGUGGAACAGAGUUGGUGGAAGUGUCAGACAAUGGAAAGGGUGUAGAGGAGCAAAACUUUGAGGGACUAACUUUAAAACAUCAUACCUCUAAAUUAAGAGAUUUUUCCGACCUGAUACACGUGGAGACGUUUGGGUUCCGCGGUGAAGCUCUCAGCUCACUUUGUGCUCUUAGUGAUCUUAGUGUCGUGACCUGUCAUGAGAGCGCUCAGAUCGGAGCUCGGCUGGUGUAUGACCACAAUGGUCGUCUCACUGAGCGUGUGCCGCAUCCCCGUCAGCACGGCACUACCGUCACUCUUCAGAAGCUCUUCUCCACGUUACCUGUUCGACACAAGGAGUUCCAGCGCAACAUCAAAAAGGAUUAUUCCAAGAUGAUUUUCGUCUUGCAAUCCUACUGCAUCAUCUCCACUGGUGUGCGUAUUACAUGCACUAACCAGAUGGGACAAGGCAAGCGCACCACAGUACUGUGCACCAGCGGCAGUAACAGCAUGAGAGACAACAUUGGAGCUGUGUUUGGACCUAAACAGCUACAAAGUUUGAUUCCCUUUCAACAAAUAUCUCCCAAUGAAUCAAUUAAGGAAGACUAUGGUCUCUGUGGGGUAGAUGUUCCAAAAGACCUUUUCAUCAUCGAAGGGUUUGUGUCACAAGGGGAUCAUGGUGUUGGUCGAAGUGCUACUGACAGACAGUUCUUCUUUAUCAAUAAAAGACCCUGUGAUCCAGUAAAGGUCUCCAAGCUUGUGAAUGAGGUUUAUCACAUGUACAAUCGGCAUCAAUACCCAUUUGUCGCUCUAAACAUCACUGUCGCUUCAGACUGUGUCGACGUGAAUGUCACUCCAGACAAACGUCAAAUCCUUCUACAAGAGGAAAAACUCUUGCUGGCCAUUCUAAAAAGCUCACUCAUUGCUAUGUUUGAGAUUGGUGUCAAUAAAAUAAGUCUCAAUCACAUUUCUCCAGCAAUUACAGGCCUAGGUAGACCAACUAAGACAAGCACUGGUACAGAAGAUUGUGAACCAGUUUCAGCCUCUGAAGCUCUUCCAGAUGAAGGGCCCCCAAAGACUUCCAUCAAUCUAGCAGGACUUAAACAAGCAUUUUCAAACCAUCAGGCUCCAGGAAUUGGGUCAAAGCAGUCUAGUCAUAAAGCUGUUUGUGCUGAUCCUUCUCAGAAGAAGAUGUUUUCCUUUGUGAGCUGCUCUAAAAAAGUUGCUGACAUGAGGCCACCUUUAAAAUCCUCUCCAAGUUUUGCGGCUGUUACUUCCAUUAAAUCGACUGUUUGUUUAGCUAAAUAUAAAAGCACCUUUGAUAGUGAUGCUGAUGAUUCUGGGGCUGCAAACCAAAGUUCUGCAAAAGAUGAUCCAGAGAUUCUACAUGAAAACAAUUCAGAAAACAAGUCAGUUUUACACCCUAUUAUAUAUGAUGAAACUGAUGUUAAAGCUGAGACUAUUGAUGAACCUGUAAAUAAGAAGUUCUGGAGUCAUGCACCUUUGGUGCCAGAGACAAAGUCAGAACAACACCAGGAAAGAAUCUUCAGUCCUGAAGCUAAAAGAGCUAGACGUGAAGAUGAACCUCCAGCAUGUUUGGUGGACUCCAAAAACAAGAAUUUCUCCCAGCAAUUGGAUUCACCUGUCAGCAUACAUAAGAAAACUGUGCUUUUGCAGUUUUCUCUACAAGAACUUUGUAAAAGGAUACAGAGGAUGCAGGCUCAGAAGACAGAGAACAAUGAUCAAGAGCCAAAAUAUAGACGGUUCAGGGCGAAGAUUAACCCUGGAGAAAACCAUAGUGCUGAGGACGAGCUUAAGAAAGAAAUAAGUAAAGAUAUGUUCAAGGAUAUGGAAAUCAUUGGUCAGUUCAACCUGGGUUUUAUUAUCACCAAGCUGAAAUCUGACCUUUUCAUAAUCGACCAGCAUGCCACAGAUGAAAAGUACAAUUUUGAGAUGCUCCAACAGAAUACGGUCUUAAAGGGACAGAGGCUCAUAGUUCCACAAAAUCUCCACCUCCCAGCAAUCAGUGAAACGGUGCUCAUGGAAAACCUUGAAAUCUUCAGAAAGAAUGGAUUUGACUUCCUCAUUGAUGAGGAUGGUGGGUUAUCUACUGUAGUAGAUUUUCAGGAUUGUAUCUGGUACAUAUUCCUUCAAAUUGAUGUGGUGUGUUUAUCAGCUCAGGUUAUGGAGAGGGUGAAGCUGGUGUCUUUACCUACAAGUAAGAAUUGGACCUUUGGCCCAAGUGACAUUGAAGAACUCAUCUUCAUGCUUAGCGACAGUCCAGGAAUCAUGUGUCGACCUUCUCGAGUUAGGCAAAUGUUUGCAUCCAGGGCUUGUCGCAAAUCGGUGAUGGUUGGCACUGCCCUCAACAUCAGUGAAAUGAAGAAACUUUUGCUUCACAUGGGUGAAAUUGAACAGCCCUGGAAUUGUCCACAUGGUAGACCCACCAUGAGACACCUUGCUAAUCUGGAUAUGGUUUCUCCCGACUGAAACACUUUAUUUUUGCUGAGUUUGCCUGUGAAUUUUAUAUUGACUGUCAAACACUAUUGUUUUAAUUAAGGAUUUUAUUAUUAUUUGUAUUUUUUAUAAUAAAGCAUCUUUCUCAUGUUU